AUGAGAUUAACCAUUGGACGCUCUACAUCUGAGAUUGAAGAUAUCAACAAUUUUGCCAAGUGGCUUUUGGAUUUGGGUGAGGGAAAUGUUGGUUGUCCUAAUGACGGGGAAGCAUCAAUUGAAAUACCACCGGAUCUUCUAAUUAACGACACCUCUGAUCCGAUUUCAUCUUUAAUUGAUUUCGUGUACCCUUCAAUUUUAGAUAACUACAACAAUCAUAACUACUUUAGCGAGAGGGCUAUACUUGCGCCUAAGAACGAGGUUGUGCAUGAGAUAAAUGACAGGUUGUUAGCGUUAUUCCCAGGCGAAGGAAGAGAGUAUCUAAGCUCCGAUAGUCUUUGUCAGACUAAGAAUCCUAAUUCAACACAACUAAAACUAUACUCACCAGAUGUGUUGAAUGGUCUUAAAGUAUCAGGUUUGCCUAAUCACAGGUUAGUACUCAAAGUUGGUGUACCAGUAAUGCUAUUACGUAACAUUGACCAACAAAAUGGUUUAUGCAACAGUACGAGGUUACAGAUAAAAAGAUUAUACAACCGUGUCAUAGAAGCAUAA